AUGGCAAACAAGGAGUCUUGUCCUCGCCAAAACGAACCGACUAGAAAUAUGGCGUGUCGAGGAGGAUGGAAUGACGCUCCUGCACUCCAAAAUCAUUUUCGGCACCGUAUCGGUUCUCCAGCGACUCCGACCCAAAACUCGGAGUCCGACUUACUUUUCAUCGGCACGGAUAAUCAGGAGUACUUCACCCUCGCCUGGAAUGCCUCGAGGCAAUUGCUCGAAAAUGUUCAGGAAUUGCAUGACCAAUCCGAACCCCACAUGCGCGAAGCCGAAUGCCAGUUCAAGUGCGUCGUCGAUCCAUCUGGAAGAUUCAUGGCACUCCAUAUCUGGGAAGGCGUCCUCAACAUCAGCCGGCUGAUAGACCGUGGCGAUUCCAAACAUUUUAUCAAGUUUCUAGAGCAGGUCCGGCUCACGGAACUGUUCAUAAAAUCAAGCACUUUUCUUUACAGCCAGACGGGCCCGAGGAUUGCAUUCUUAUACCAAACCAGAAUUGACGAAGAAGAUGCCAAGCUGGCCAUCUACCGCCUCACGGGCGAUGAUCGCCAUGCUACUGCUGCCAAGUUUGAGCCCAAGGAACGCCAGCUAGACCUCGCGAUCCCCGACAGCUUAUCGCGGAUUCUAAUACCUGUCCCCAUUGUAGAGGAUGAAAACAGGAGACAUCUUGCUCGAAAUGCCUCUUCUGCCAGGCGCACUCUUCCGCACCUUGGUGGUGUUCUAGUUGUUGGUGAGACGAGUGUUGUCUACGUGGAUUCACAAGAUUUCAGUACCGUCGAAUUCUCUUUACCGGAGGGCAAUAUCUUCAUCACCUGGGAGGCAUAUGAUGUUACAAGGUACUUCCUCGCUGAUGAUUUUGGAAGGUUGCACCUCUUGUCCCUUGUGGUCGAUGGCACGGCUGUGACCGGGAUCACGGUUACAGCCCUGGGUCCUGCCACAACAUCACGGGCAUCCACGCUAGUUUAUCUAGAGGACGGACUGCUGUUUGUAGGCUCGCACUAUGGAAACUCUCAGCUUAUCCGCGUUGAUGUAGACUCUUUGAAAGCAGAGCUGGCCCCUUGUCCCCCAUCAUUUUCGAAUAACGCGCCCAUUCUAGAUUUUGUCGUCAUGGACAUGGGGAACCGCGAGGGCGCCAGUUCGGGCGGUAACACAUUCUCAUCUGGCCAAGCAAGGCUUGUCGCCGGGUGCGGAGUUUUUGAGUCCGGCAGCCUACGCAGCAUUCGGAGUGGAGUCGGCCUCGAAGAUCUGGGAGUGCUUGACGAAUUUACCAAUGUCAAAGGCCUUUUUCUUUGGGCCCCGGAGACGGGUUAA